CAGAGAAGGCAAAGCAAUCAGAAGUAUGGGUUUUACAUGCUAACUCUUGAAUUUAUUUCUCCUUUUAAUGUGUGAUUUUAGGUCUGUGCUGCAUUGAGAGCAUUGUACUUUAAGAAACGUGAUGAUUGACGACAUUGAAAUCCACGCGGCUCGAUCUAGUGGAGAACUGUGGUCUGAGAUCUGCUCAAGUCUCCCAGAGCCUGAGGAACAGGAUGCUGGGCAAUUUACAGACUCAUUUGAGCCUUCCUCACCAGGCAACCCACAUUCAAACUCACCCAGAGCAUCUUUUAGCCCCUGGGAACCAAUGGCUGAUUCUGACAUUUACAUUGCCAGUUUAGAAAAUCGAUUGAAGAGGAUCAAGGGACAAUCAAAUGAAGUUACGUCAAGGGAAAUGCUCCGUUCCUUGUCCCAGGCUAAAAAGGAAUGCUGGGAUAGAUUCCUCCACGAUGCCCAAACCUCAGAACUGUUCCAGGAAGGAAACUUCGAUCAGAGUGCUUUGGAGCAGUUCAAGCGCUGGAUGUCUCCUGAAAGGGUGGCCAUCAAUGCAGAGGAGCUGGAGUUACUUCUUUUGCCCACACAGAACAGUGAGGCUCUUGCUAGCUCAGCCCAAACUGACAAGCCAUGUGAGGAGGAAGAGUGCCCAAGCCCAGAGAAAUAAUCACAUUCCAGCGAUAACCUGACCAGCAGUAUUAGGGGAAUUAAGAGUAUAUGGGCUCUUGUUGUGGAAAGCAACUAAAUUAUGAUCCAUUUAAUGGGAUCAUUUGUUUCACAUAGAUAAAUGAAGGUGUCUUUGGUUGUUUGUCUCCCUUAAUCCAGUUUUCAAUUCAAGGUACAUUACUGUAUCAUAUUGAAAGAAAUACAUGAGUGAUUAAAAAAAUAAAAUCUCUAUCUUGGAGACAUUGCAGCCAGAGGAACUUCACUACAUUAUCAUGAAACAUUCCAUUUAUGUAUCAUCAAAUGUAUUUUUAUUAUUUACUUGUGAUUUUUUUUUUGCUAUGUACUUACUCCUUUCCUGUAGUAUUGAAACUUGUAUACCCUAAACCAAACAUACAUUUUUUUCAUUACAUCAUUUUAUUUACGCAUUUGUAUGAAUUGAUAAUCAAAUGUCUGGCAUGUGAACAUUCUCCUAAAUUUGAAUGUAGGUUAGUGGACUAAAUCAAACAUGAGUAGAGAAUUGUGUGUGUUUUAAAACAUUUUAGUAACUGUUCGCUUUAUCUAAAAGGAUAAUAAAAACUCUGAAGGAGCCAUAAUGAGA